CAGAGACAGGAACUGUGUUGACUUUGGCCUCCGGAGGUAGCCUUGCAUGCCGGUGCAAACCAAGAAGUAGAAGAGAGUUUGUUGGGAGGCGAGGGACGGAGGGUGGGAGGGAAGAGGCUCCUGUUACAGCUGCUUUGUUACCCGCUCAAGCCGAGUCUGAAAUAGAUGUUUGCGUGGAAACCCCGAGAGAGGGAGGAGGUCGAGCGGGACACGUUACUUUGGGAGACAUGAAUCAUCCCAGGAGUAGACAGUGCGAGGUUGAGGUAGCAGAGCGCGAACUGCAGAGCGCGGGUGGUUUCGCUCUGCCCCUCUCCAGCCGCCCCCGGCUCCCUUUCUUCCCCAAGCAUGGCCGAAACCGGGGGCGGUUUUCUGGAGCAACUCAAGUCCUGCAUCCUCUGGUCCUGGAGCUACUUGUGGACUCUCUGGUUCUUGGCCAUGCUUUUUCUCGUCUACAUCUUGAGGGUCCCUUUAAAGAUCAGUGACAACCUGACUUCAGUGAGUAUGUUUUUGAACACGUUAACACCCAAAUUCUACGUUGCCUUGACAGGCACUUCUUCGUUAAUCUCAGGGCUUAUUUUGAUAUUUGAAUGGUGGUAUUUUCGGAAGUAUGGCACAUCUUUCAUCGAGCAAGUCUCUGUGAGUCACUUGCGCCCUCUGCUGGGUGGGGUGGACAACAAUUCUCCCAGUAACUCAAAUACAAGCAACGGGGACUCAGAUUCAAACAGACAGAGUGUUUCAGAAUGUAAAGUCUGGCGAAAUCCGCUAAAUCUGUUUAGAGGAGCUGAAUAUAACCGAUACACCUGGGUGACUGGAAGAGAACCAUUGACAUAUUACGAUAUGAAUCUUUCAGCACAAGAUCAUCAAACAUUUUUCACAUGUGAUACUGACCAUUUAAGGCCUGCAGAUGCCAUAAUGCAAAAGGCUUGGAGAGAAAGAAACCCACAGGCCAGAAUCUCUGCAGCACAUGAAGCUUUAGAGUUAAAUGAGUGUGCCACUGCUUACAUUCUCUUGGCAGAAGAGGAAGCAACAACUAUUGUGGAAGCAGAAAAACUGUUUAAACAGGCUCUGAAAGCAGGUGAAGGCUGCUACAGGCGUAGCCAACAAUUACAGCACCAUGGUACCCAAUAUGAAGCUCAGCACAGACGGGACACUAAUGUUUUAGUCUACAUUAAAAGGAGACUGGCAAUGUGUGCGAGAAAACUGGGGAGAACCAGGGAAGCUGUGAAAAUGAUGAGAGAUUUGAUGAAGGAAUUCCCUCUUCUUAGUAUGUUCAACAUCCACGAAAAUUUGCUAGAAGCCUUGCUGGAGUUACAAGCAUAUGCAGAUGUUCAAGCUGUUUUAGCAAAAUAUGAUGAUAUAAGUUUACCAAAAUCAGCAACAAUAUGCUAUACAGCUGCCCUUCUCAAAGCCAGAGCUGUGUCUGACAAGUUUUCUCCAGAGGCAGCUUCAAGAAGAGGACUAAGCACAGCAGAAAUGAAUGCAGUGGAAGCUAUUCACAGAGCAGUAGAAUUUAAUCCACAUGUGCCAAAAUAUCUCCUAGAAAUGAAAAGCUUAAUAUUACCCCCUGAACAUAUUUUGAAGCGAGGCGACAGUGAAGCAAUUGCUUACGCUUUCUUUCACCUUCAGCAUUGGAAAAGAGUUGAAGGGGCUCUGAAUCUCUUACACUGUACGUGGGAAGGCACUUUCAGAAUGAUCCCUUAUCCUUUGGAAAAAGGGCACCUUUUUUAUCCUUAUCCCAUUUGUACCGAAACAGCAGACAGAGAGCUUCUUCCAUCAUUUCAUGAAGUCUCUGUUUACCCCAAGAAAGAGCUUCCAUUCUUUAUUCUGUUCACUGCUGGAUUAUGUUCUUUCACGGCUAUGUUGGCCCUUCUGACACAUCAGUUCCCAGAACUAAUGGGAGUUUUUGCAAAAGCAUUUCUUAGUACUCUCUUUGCUCCCUUAAACUUUGUGAUGGAAAAAGUGGAAAGCAUCCUUCCUUCCAGUCUCUGGCAUCAGCUAACAAGGAUCUAAAGGAAAACAGUUCUCAAUGACUGCCAUAUUUUCUGUGCCAACUCCCUGUUGACUACCAGAAAGCAUGAUUUCUUUUUUAGAAAAGAACCCAUUUUAAGCUCUUCAUAAAUUGUCUGUUAUCAUACAUUUUUGUUGUACAAAAUACAUUGAUGUUUGAUUCUAUUUUGCUUUCAAGAAACAAAAAAAUAAAAAAAUAAACUUUUGUGUAUGGCAACCA